AUGGAGGCGGCAAACACGGUCAGAGACACGUUCCUGACCGACCCUGCAGUCAUUCUGAUUGUGGUGGUCGUGGUCAUGUUCUUCAUCACCUUCUGCGGCUGCAUCGGAGCCCUGCGAGACAACAUUCACCUUCUGAAGGCGCUCUCCUUCAGUCUGACUUUGGUCUUAUUCACUCAGCUGGCCAUAGCUGUCCUAGGCUUAUUCUACUCAGACCAGGUACGAGACGCUCUGGAGAAGUUUUUGAAAAAAUAUAUUGUGUACUACAGGGAUGACCUGGAUCUGCAGAACCUCAUGGACUACAUUCAGAGAGAGAUAAACUCCGCCUGCCCAGCGGACUGGGAGAUCUGUGGCUAA